AUGAUAAUUUUUUUAUUUGUAAUUCCGAUAUGCCUUGCUCAAUUCAACGAGUCCCUAAUAAUCCUCAAUCAGAGCAAUUUCUCAAAUCCUGCUUACGCAAUCAACCUUGGCUUACCAGGCUUUGGAAACGUUCAAAAGCUAACUGGUUUCGACUACAAACAGAAACACCAAGUUUACAAGGGCUGCUCGGCUGUGUAUAACGGACGCAUGUUGCUCUUCGGCGGUGAUGAUGUAAAUCCAUUCAUUCAAUAUGAAAAUCCCAAGUCCAUCGGCGAGCUUGUUGGAUGUGAGCUUCAAACUCUCAGUACACAGUUGCCACACGACAUGAUAGGACAUUCGUGCUCUGCUGUUGAUGCUGGAGUUAUUAUGUGUGGCUCAGUUGUAGAGCCGCAGCUGUGUUUCAUGUUUCAGGGCAAUGACAACAUAACAGCCAUUCAAAGCACAAAUCAAGAGCAUAAUUACGCGGCCAUGGUCACUUUUCAACAUUUUGGAAUCAUCAUCGCUGGAGACGAUCAAGAUUUUACCGGAAAAAGCGUCGAGGCCUUUGACGGAAGCUCAUGGAAUACGAUUGGAGAGUUUCCGAUUGUCGUUGAUAACCACUCAGCCGUUGUGAUAGGCGGUAACUCUGGAGCUAUUUAUGUCUUUGGCGGAUGGGGAGCGACAAAUGCUAUUGACAGUACAUUUCUUACUCAAGAUGGCGGAAGCACGUGGAUUAAGGGACCAAGCUUGCUCACUAAGCGGGGACAACAUAGAUCGGUCUUAGUGGAUGGAUACAUAAUUCUUCACAUUGGCGGGAGAAACGCUACAGAUGUUGGAAUUGACGUGGAAAUGUGGACGUUCCAAGAUGCCGCCGGUAUCGCGCGUACUCAGCUUGAAUGGCACUUACCAAACUUUACACUUUAUCCAGAGCCAUUUUUGGUCGAUUACAAGCAAGCUCAGAAAUGCGUAUAA